CCCGCCCCCGCCCGCGGCAGGAGCGCGCCUCCCUCGCCGCCCCGGGUCUGGCGAGCCGGCGCCAGCGGAGCUGCGGGAGCCGCGGAGAGCACCAGGCGCCGCCGCCGCUGGAGCUGCUCCGGCCGCACCAUGCGGGAGCUGGCCAUCGAGAUCGGGGUCCGAGCCCUGCUCUUCGGGGUCUUCGUUUUUACAGAGUUUCUGGAUCCGUUCCAGAGAGUCAUCCAGCCGGAAGAGAUCUGGCUCUAUAAAAAUCCUCUGGUGCAAUCAGACAACAUCCCUACCCGCCUCAUGUUUGCAAUUUCUUUCCUCACACCCCUGGCUGUUAUUUGUGUGGUGAAAAUUAUCCGGCGAACAGACAAGACUGAAAUUAAGGAAGCCUUCUUAGCGGUGUCCUUGGCUCUUGCUUUGAAUGGAGUCUGCACAAACACUAUUAAAUUAAUAGUGGGAAGACCUCGCCCCGAUUUCUUUUACCGCUGCUUUCCAGAUGGAGUGAUGAACUCAGAAAUGCACUGCACAGGUGACCCCGAUCUGGUGUCCGAGGGCCGCAAAAGCUUCCCCAGCAUCCAUUCCUCCUUUGCCUUUUCGGGCCUUGGCUUUACGACGUUCUACUUGGCUGGCAAGCUGCACUGCUUCACCGAGAGUGGGCGGGGGAAGAGCUGGCGGCUCUGUGCCGCCAUCUUGCCCCUGUACUGUGCCAUGAUGAUCGCCCUCUCCCGCAUGUGCGAUUACAAGCAUCACUGGCAAGUGGGAAAGCAGCACUACCAGGAAUCCAGGAAUCCGGUCCGUCGCUUGCUGCUACAUCAAUUCUUUCGUUGGUGGAGUCAUUGGCCUCAUUUUUGCAUACCUUUGCUACAGACAGCACUACCCGCCUCUGGCCAACACAGCUUGUCACAAACCAUACGUCAGUCUCCGAGUCCCGACCUCGCUGAAGAAGGAUGAGAGGCCCACAGCUGACAGCCCUCCCAGCAUGCCUCUGGAGGGGAUCACCGAAGGCCCCGUAUGACCCGUGUCUCAGGCGGAUGGACGUUGAGCCCAGGGCACGCUCUUCCACCCCGCCAUCAUAACAUGAUAGAAGAGGUUUUCCGUAGUGUGUUUCUCAUCAAUUGUUUCUCAAAGUUAUCCUUCUGCUUCCAUUUUGCCGACGGUGUUCCUGCUACCUUGAAUGUCUCCUUUCAACUUUCUUGACUCUGCCAAGGAAGGACACAGGAACAGGCUCUGAGAGACGUGUGGAAGGAGGCUGCAAGGGUGGGGUGGGUGCAGCUUGGUCGAUUCUUCCAUCUGUAAUGUUUACUCUAGCACCCGCCUUCCUAUGUGUUCAUGGUCGUGAAGCAUAAUAAAGCUCCCCCGGAAGACA